AUGGCGCAGUCGAAACAUGCCAAGGGCGGGGAAAGCCAGCCUUCCACCGUCUAUCCCGUGCACAGCAAACUGGUGCACGCACCGAUUCCUACGAUGGAAGAGGUGACAGCCGCCAAACACCGAGCCGAUGAGGAGGAAAAACGUGCCGCGGCCGCGCAGCAGACAGCGAAGAAACACCUCCAGAAGGCGGAAGCUGCUGCGAAGGAAGCCUCUCAAAGCUCCGAUGACCGGCAGCGUGAGAAGGCCCAGAAGGAGGCAAAGUCUGAAGCCGCGCUGGCCACUGAAGCAGAGCACAACGCAACGGUCAAAAGACUUGAGGCCAAGAUUGCACAUGACAAGGUGCGAUUCAUGGAGAUUCAGUCUCUUCGUGGAGGCUGGCAGACCGAGAGCCCAUCACAGUGGGUGGAGUAUGCAUCUGUGGGAGCUGGCAUUUUCGCGUUGGCUCUUUGUGCUUUCCUGGUACCUGGAAGGUCAAAGACGGCCAAACAAGAACCUUUGAAGGAGCCACUGCUGACCGAGGAACCAGACUGGGCUCGAGAAUCUGGUGAUGAUGAACAUUCAGCUGAGGUUAGUCACUACCAGAGGGUUUUUGGGGUCUCCUGGGUCUCCUGUUCGACAGGUAUCCUUUCGGCGCUACUGGCGAGCGCAAUCAUUGCCAGAUGCUUCGCUGUUUGCGUGCCGACGGCCAGCUCGACUUGCGAGGAAGACGAGGUCACGCUCUUGCAUGCCCGACAGGCCAGUUUGCCGAAAGGAGAGCACCACGAAGAGGUUCAGGCGGAGUCGCAGACGUCAGAAUCGAACCAUGCGCCAGGACCAGCCUCUAAGGAGGAGAUUUCCGUGACAAACGCUGAAGGCGCUGGGCUGUCCGUCACGUCCAAAAGCUCGACAGCUGAUGCGCUGUUGGACGCUGAAAUGGCCACGUUGAUGGGCACUGAACCGGGCUUUCCGGGUUGGAUUGGAAGCAACGUCAGUAAGGCACUCUAUAACUCAUCAGAAAGCUUGCUACUCCAAGUGGGACAUGCUGUACGUGCGUCAAGCUAUUCGGGUGCCAUGGGGAUGUUCAUGGCCUUCACCUUCUUCGCCUUUCUCUGCAGCUGCUGUGCGGUGACGGUCACCCGAGCCUUCAUUCAGGAUCAACGUCAGACCAGCGAGACCUUGGCGCAACAUGAGCGGCGACAGCGCUUACUUCAGAGUUUUGCAAGCAGCGUGCGCACACCGAAGAAGGGACCGGAAGGCAUGCCCAGCCCCACACCGGGCUCGGCAGUGGCAGUGCCACCCACCACGCCCACACGCCGCGCGGGGGUGGGGCUGCGAUCUCCCUGGAGACGUGUCGUGGUGGAUACGCCUUUGGAAGGAGACCGUCUCGGGGUGAAUUUGACGGAGGAUACACUGAUUAUCAUUGACUACACCGAUCCACGUGCUGAGAGUUUGGGCUUCAAGGUGGGAGAGCGUGUGGUUCAUAUCAAUGGGGUGCCAGUCUUCCAACAGCUCGAUUUCCAAAAGGUCCUGUCAGGAGCCUUCCGUGAGUUUCACCGUGCUAGGCAGCCCAUUGUCAUCAGCACCGUCGAACCUGCGUCCAGCUAUCCGAACAACCUGAACUUAUUGCCCGAGAUGGAAGAUAUUUGUGGACGUUGGCAAAUGACCAAUGGCGAGGUCUUCGUGAUCAGUCGUCUACCUGGGCUCCAAUAUCUGCUGAUGACCAUGUUGGCAGGUGGUCAACCCUCCGCCUCAGGUUUGAUGAUGGUGCACAGUGCUGAGGAGCUCCGUUGCCAACUUCUUCGUACCGAUGGCAGCAACUUGGGAGACGUGCGCAUCUGUUACAGGGAGAAUAUGAUGGAAGUGACCUUCAGUUCUGCUCAGGGGGGUACCUGGGGUCAACCCUUAGCAGCCUGGCGUGCCACAGGGGAUGCACCGUCGCCACAACAAACGGGUGUGUCGCUCCCGAGACCAACGGUGCAAUCCUCCCCACCAGAAUCCUUGCCACCCAGUAAAGACAAUGAUCAGAUACUAUGGUUAUCUUACCACUGGUUUAAGAAUGGCUUCCAGUCGCAUCCUAAGCUGGGCUUUCAACACUUGACGUGUCGCUCCAUGCUGUGGAGAGACCUCGCCGGCAUCCAACGGCCAACGGGCUGUGAAGCGGAGGGACGAAGAGAUGUGGUGAAAUGUAGGAAGAGCCAAGAAGAGAUGGCCGGAGUCAAGGCGGACGCCGAGGUCACAAAGGCGCAGCAUGCCGAGCAGGUGGCCGCUUUGGAGGCAAAGUUGAAAGCUGAAGCCGGGACGACGCAGUCAGCAUUGAACCAAAAAGUCACUGCCCUGGAGCAGAAGGUGGAAGAAUCCCAGAUGGCCUUGCAAGCCAAGAGUGAUGAGGCCGCAGCUGCCAAGCAGAGCCUGGAGGAUUUCAAAUCUCAGAUGGCCCAGGCGGACUCGCACAGUGCUGGGAUGGUGGAUGCCUUGCGCGAACGUGAAGAGAAGCUUGCGGCGGCGCAUGCGGAGACCGCCCUGCUGACGGAACGUCUUCAAUUGGCACAAGAGAACUUGGACCGCACCAAAAAGGAAUGCCUCUCCGCACAGGCAGCGGCUGAGGAGGCCCAGAACAUGUACCAGCACGCUUUAUCCAAGGUGGAUCUGAAUGCCGAGGAGGAAAAGGCUCGUGCGGAUCUCAAACAAAAAUCCCUGUCUGCAGCUGAGCAGGAGCUUGAACAGGCCAAACAGGAGGUCUCCAACUUGAGUGAACAGAUGGAGAAUUCCGGUCACAAGUUCGAGAUGGAGAGGCAAAAGAGCGUGGGCUUGAACGAGGCGUUGGCGGUGACGCAGUCACAAGUGAAGGAUCUCUUGGCCAAGGUCUCCUCGGUGACGUCCGCUUCGGAAGUGCUGCAGCAGGAGAAGGCGACAGCAGAAGAGAAGAUCGCGGCAUUGGAGAAGGAGAAGGCCUUGCAGCUCCAAAGCUUGGAAGAGGAGAAGGCCACACAAGGGAAGCUGUCCUUGAAGCUCAGCGACCUGCAACAGGAGUUGGAGAAGUGCAAGGCCAAUCAUGCGGAUGAUGUGCAGCAGCAUGCCAAGAAGAUCCAGGAGGCAGACAGUCUGGCACUUGGUGAGAUGCGGGGGGAGGCGGUGGUGAAGAAGGAUGAGACUUGCAAGGAGAGCAGCAGCAGUUACUACAGUGACUCUGGGGAGGAUGAGAAGGCCGGCAGCGAGAAGCCUGAGCCUAAGCCAGCUGACCCUGUGAAGACGAAGCCUCUGCACUCCGCUGCCAAUGCCAAGGUGGCCACGGCCCCGUCCAAGGCACAGAGCAGCCGCGGAAAACCGCGUCGCCUUGAGGACGUGGCAAAUUUCCUGGAGAAUCAGGCAAAUUUCUUGAGAAGGCAUGCAGCAGAGACGUGCAGCCAAGCUGCCCUUACAGUGUACAUGCUCUGCGUUUUGGAGGAUCACAAGACGCGCUUGGAGCAGGCGAAGCAGGCGGGCACCGAUGCCUUGCAAGCCUUGGAUGCCGUGCGUCAACAGGCAGCAGCCGAGAUCACAGAACACAAGAAGGUGAGUGACGAACACAAGCAGGCCUUGGAAGACCUGCAGGAUGAGAUGAAGAAGCACAGCUCGAACAUCGCCCACAAGGAGUUGGAGGCUGAGAACGAGAAGAACCGCGCCGACUUGGCCGAGUCCAUCGCUGCUUCACGUCAGGAAGAACUGGAAACAGCCCAGAAGUUGGCCGAGAAAGCAAAGGCCACUCUGCAAUCCGUCCGUUCCGAGCUCACCGCAGAAUGCUCCGCCGCCAAGGCUCAAGUGGAAGUGGAGCGCAAGUUGGCUUUGGAAGCUGAGGAGAGUGCUGAAAAGUUCCGCUUGGAAGCACAGGCAGCUCGUGCGUCUGAACAGAAAGCACGCAUUGCAGAGCAAGAGGCCAGAGCGUUGAUCGCCAAGCUUCGCCAGAGUGCCGCUGUGGAGGUGGAUGAUGGGGCGCUCACAGAGAUGCGUAAACAGCUGGCCUCAGCGCAGGGCGAAGCCGAGAAGGCUAAGAAGGACCUGGACGCCCUGCGAGAGGCCAAGGCCUCGCAGAUUAUGAACAGCGAGUCUCCUACUUCCCUGGAGAAGGCGAACGCAUGAGGCCGAAUUUCACGGAGACCGAGGCUCCAGCACACCAAAAAAACUACAAUCGCCAUGAUUUUUCUACCAGAAUCAUUGAGAACGUCAGUCGCUGGCUCUUUUGUGAGACUUUGAUUGCCGCUUAAACAGGGAGCUGAUCUCGGGCGGGUGGCAUGAGCACGAUGUGCCGGGUGAUUCAAAC